CUGAUCCAAGAUGGCGCCUUAUUCAAGGCUUGAGAUUGAUCUUGUUCGACUUUUAGAUCGAUGUGAAUCAAUGGCUCAUGAACAGCAAAAUCAAAAACAGGGAUUAAAUUGGAGACUAGAAAAGUAUGUCUGUACUCUGCAGAAUCAAAUAAUUGAGCUGUCUAAAGCCGAGAGGAAACCAAAUCAAGAUACAAUGAAUGAUUAUACAAAGAGAAUAAACUUUCUAAAAGGAAUUAUUGAGACUGAAAAAAAGGGUUCUCUAACAGAAAAAGCUUUAGCAAGUCAGCAGUUACCAAGGCCUCUAAGCUCAAUAUCUGCUACGUCAAGAACAAACAAAUCUCCAGCAGAAAAGGCACAAGAGUUGCACAUUAAAACCAAGGCAAGAAUUGAGAAGGAAAUGAGAGAGGAACUGCUAGGUUCAAAAAAAGAUUCUCAAGGUCUAAGAAACAGGAGACCUGGAGAAGAAAGCACCAAAGAAGAUGAGGAAAGCAUCGAUUCUGUCUUGCAGUAUCAUCAAAAUAUGCAAGAAAAGAUUGCCGAGGACAUGGUCAGGAUGGCUCAGAGUUUGAAGCAUACAUCCAUGAUGGCUAGUAAUAUCAUCAAGAAAGAUCACAAGAAACUUGAAACAUCAACUCGAUUAGUAGACUCCAACUUUGUCAAGUUAAAGCAAGAAUCUGAUCGUAUAGAAGAGAUUACUAACAGACACUGUGCUUGUUGGAUGUGGAUUGCCCUGGCUAUGGUAGUAAUUGUAUUUAUAAUGACUAUAUUAUUUAUAAGAGUGUUUCCUAAAAGGCAAUAAUAAUUAUUUAUCCAUUCAGAUAACAGACACCUGGAUAUUGCGGACACCUCUUAUAUGUGACAGACAGACACUAUCAAGGGCACAUCUAUAAUACUGGCCAUUCGGUGUCCCUAUUAUAGAGGUUCCGAAGUGUAACUUUGUAGAGAGCCUUGUAGUGCCUCUCUUGAUCAUGAGAUCCAUUAGUGACUGAAUUGGUGGUAAUAAAUUAUAUUUUUUUAAGCGCUUCCAGGUACUUGUAUUUAACAUGCAGGGUGUUAKGACUUUGUUGUUGCUGCUGUUUAUUGUUUUCUGUUGUUGUUUUCUGUUCAUUUGCUGUUGUUCUUAUUGCUAGUGUCGUUGAUGUUGCUUUUCACUCUGUUGUUUGUUGUUGUUGUUGCUGUCGUCAUUUUUUUCUAGUGUAUUCCAUUAUCUCGAUGACCUAACAAUAAAUUAUACACAUCAAAUAUACAGAAUGAAUGAAAGAAAAGUAAUGCAAAAUGUCUCAAAGUCCUUAGAAUGCCAUAUGCAUAAAUAUACAAUAUUCAUAAGAAAAAUAGGCCCUUCUAGAGCAAUGCUUAGAUUCUAUUGGACCUGCAAGUCAUUUGCCUGUUAACGUCAUUUACUACAGUAACCAUAACCCCUUGCGCAUUAUCUUUUAUCAGUUAAUGAACGACUAUUUUUGUAUUAUUCUCAUGACGCAUUGAAAAUAAGAAAGAAAAUUAGCACAGCAUUUUGGUAGUGGUAGUAAAAUGACGCCAUCAUGCAAAUGGCUUUUUUGCAAGCUAUAUAYAUAGACCACUCGUAAAUAGAGGCUACAGUUCAUGCAUAUCAUACAAUUACCUGUUACCCUUAUAGAGGCUUUGCACCAUCACCUGCCGGUGCCCAUAAUACAGCGCUAGCUUGUACUGCCUGUAGUUAGAUGGCAGAACAAUAUAAUCCCUUUGCUCUCGGAAUUUGAAUUCUUGCUCAUGAAAAACGAUUGUAUUGUUCCUGCCAUCUAACAAGGCUGCCRUGACGUGAUGGUGAAAAGCCUCUAUUGCGUCUCAUUAAUACCACUAGCAUAUUUAUACCAGAAUCGUUUUCAUAGUUUCUUUUUUUGCCCAUAACUGAAUASCAUUAUCUUGCGACUCCUAUAACAAGGAGUUAAAACUAUUAAUCGUUUAUUAGAAAGCAAAUGAUUCUGUCAAAACUCCUUCGCAAGGCGAAGCAACAUUUAUGUUGAAUUUUUUGCUCCAUGCAGUUAACCAACUAAAUUUUUUUAUUACAGCGCUUUUCAAUAGACCUCCCCGGCUCUGACGUAAUGUUGUCCCAUUUCAGACCACGUGUCAUUCCCUAGAGCAUCAUUUCUCGGUUGCACAUGAGAAGACACAUGAAUAUGGAUACAACUCAAACAAAGAAUAUUAUUCUCAAGGGAAUGACACGUGGUGAAAUGAGGCAACAUUACGCGGAGCCGGGAAAUYGUUUUGGUGGACGCCAAUCAAAGCGUUGACCAGCACUGUUGGAAAACGCAAAGCUUUAUAAGGGCACGUGCCUGUGGAAUGUCUUGGARACGCAUUGAUUGACUUUCACCAAGACCUACUUCGUCACGAUGGCAAAUUGUACGAUUUCACGUGUCUGAUUGAGAAGCGCUGUAAUAUCGUACUAAWUGACACUAAUAUUUUGUCUUGUUCAUACAAUGCAAAGUAGAUUUCUAGAACGUUCUUUGAAAUUGCAUUAAGAAUGUCUUGAUAAAUACACCGUUCUCGUAAUGGCUGAAUAGGGCACGAAAACGAGGUCACCCAGUCAUUAGUUCACAAUACAAGAUAUAAAAAGACCGUUAAAUGAGUUUAUAAUAGAAAAGUAUAGAAAAUUAACUCUYGYUUUGACCUGUAUUCGCGCAAUCCACCUUUAUUCUGAAUGAGCAGCCUUGCUCAGCCUUAUAAUGUGUAUAAUGUUAAAAUUUCUGUCCUUCAACACAUUACCAUUGAAUUCGAAUUCRUGAAAAAUCAAGAAUAAUCGGGGACCUAGUUUAAAAAAUGCAGUUACAUUGAAUUUAAUGAAUCGCAUCGAGUUUCUAUAUUAYAAYWACAUUKCCUUGUUUUACCCKAUUUAGUAUCAAACCUGCUUAAUUYACURCGUUUCUCGUUGCAUGCAUUUGCCGUUAUACGAGUUUUCAUUUGAUUUACGCCUAGUUUUUUUCAACUUUGAUUCUAAAGUUGAACAAGCAAAAAGCACACGCAUGAAACCAUGCAAACUUAAUUAAAUGUACGAAAAUGUACAAUGGACUGAUAAUAGAAACACAUUUACUUGUCCAGAAAAACUUUCUGCCAUAACCUUCACAUGCGUUGUUUUUGUAAUUAUUUUAGUUAAUAACAAUAUAUAUUAAUAUUAACUAAACUGCGGGAUUUCUUUUCGGCCCGUUGCAAAGAUGGCGGUAGAACGUGUGCCACUUAUUGCAUCUGUCAUUUCUCAAAAGCUGUACUUUAAGUAAACAUUUYGUGUUUUU